AUAUGUAAAUCUUUGAAGUGGUGACUAUGCAGACAAGCUUCUCAGGCAUUGAGGUUAUGCCUCUUCUUCCUGAAGACUCAACAGAUGUUGAAAUUCCUGAAGAAGACUUGGAUAUCAGCUUUACAAGAGCAGGUGGAAAAGGAGGUCAAAAUGUUAACAAGGUUGAGACUGCAGUUCGCAUCACUCAUAUUCCCACAGGCGUAGCUGUUCGUUGUACAGAGGAGAGGUCACAGCUAGCAAAUAAGAUAAAAGCUCUUAGCCGAUUGAAAGCUAAAUUGUUGGUGAUUGCUGAGGAGCAAAGGGCAUCUGAAAUAAAGCAAAUAAGAGGAGAUGUAGUGAAGGCUGAAUGGGGCCAGCAGAUAAGAAACUAUGUCUUCCAUCCUUACAAGCUGGUAAAAGAUGUAAGGACUUCUUAUGAAACUUCUGAUAUCACUUCUGUCAUGGAUGGUGACUUAGAUCCUUUUAUCAAGGCCUAUCUUAAGCACAAGUACACUUUGGCAGCAAACCCUACUGGACUCACUUCAUCCUAAACUUGGAAACAAUAUUCUGUAAAUGAAUCGCUAGAAGAUCUGUAAGGUUGUUAUACCAUAUAUUUGUGUUUGGUUGUGUCUGAGUAAUGAUAAAUUCGAAUUCCUUCUCUCU